ACAAUGACCCACCGCCACCACCAGUGGCCUGGUCACACCGCCAAAUUUCCCGUCGAAAAAGUCGCAAAUUUUAUUCGCCUAAAAUAAACUGCAAACAUGGCCGAGCUGGACGAUUUCUUUGCGAAAAAGGACAAGAAGAAGGGCAAGAAGUCGACUAAGUUUGUGACCGCCGACGAGCUGGUGAAGAACCUGGAGGAUGGCAGCAAGCGAGAGCUCGUCAAGCCUAAAAAACCGGAAGCGGUCGCUGGCGGCGUGGCAGUAGCAGGCGAAAACGAGACUAGCGCCAAGGUGCCAGAGUCCGUUGCGGUGUGUGCUCCCGUCGAGGAGGAGUGGAAGGAGUUCGAGGAGGAGCAGAGAAAGGACUACAGCGGCCUGAAGAUAGGUCAGCUGAGUACCAUCAAUUCGCCUCAUCGCAGAACCGCCACUGAAUCCGACGAAGUGCGGGCAGCUCGUGUUCCCACUGCAACCGAUGGCGGCAGUUAUGAAGAGGAGGAAGAGGACAGCAACGGCUAUGAUAACGCAGAGUCCGGUGAGAAGCUCGUCGGCCACGGACCCUGGAAGAAGGUGAUUCCCGCCGAGGAGGUGAUGCAGAUCCCGGUGCCGGUGGAGGUCGAAAAGCCAUCGUCCAAGACCUACGUUUCUCCCGCGUUACGUUACAGCCAACAAGCUGGCUUGGGGAGCGCACUGGGCGGCGGCUCCGUCGGCGGUGGCCUGCGUCCUCGACGCGCCGCACCGGAUAUAACCAACACCGAGUUCUUCCCAACGCUCAGUGCAGCGCGCCCGGAGGAACAGCGCAAGAAGAAAAACGAACCCGCCUUCGAAGAAGUACGUCAUGGUGGCCGCUUUCAGCGUGUGCAGGAGGCCACGAGCGCCCCCGUGGCGGCCUCCAACCGGUUCCAAUCGCUCGAUGAUGAAGCCAGCUAGGUUUCAGCAGCUGCUGCUGAUGCUGGCCACGGGAAGCGUUGUCAACCGUCACAGUGUCCGCUGCCGAGCUCAAGUCAUCCAGUUCCAGGGGUUCUGCGCCAGCUCAUGCGAUCCUUCUAGGCUUCUUUAUUCAUCUAUACCUCUUCCCCCACUGCUACUCUACCCUAUGCCACAGCCACAAACUACUAUUGUUCAUUUCGUUUUGCAUUUUUUGAAGUAUGGAAUCAAUGUAAUAGAAUACGAAUAAUAGCCAUGCGUUGAAAUCCGUUUAUAAACGUUACUUUUUUAUAA